CGCGAGGCGGAGACAAUGGAAGUCUCCGGGCUCAGCCUUCCGAAACGGGCCGGAGGGAGGGGGCGGGGCUGUCAGCAAACCCCAAACCCCGAGGCGGGGGCCCGGACUUUCCCCGGUGUCGGGGGUCCGGAGUUGGGGGGCGUCGGGAUCAGACUGUGGUUCACUCACUCGCACGCCCCCGGCCCGCAGCCCGAGCCCUCCCGCCGCGGCGCCCCCACCCCGCCCGCGCCCGCCUCGCCUCGCCUCGCCUCCUCCCCGGCCCGCUCCCUCCGCGGAGCGGAAGUGACGCGCGGCCGAGCGGAAGUGCCUGCCGCCGCGGUGUUGUGCUGUGGGGAAGAGGGACGGGUUUGUAAACCCCGGAGCGAGGUCCUGCCUACCCGAGGCCGCUGCGGUGCGGAGACCCCGGGCGAAGCGCCGUCACCAUGUCUGACCAGGAGGCAAAACCUUCAACUGAGGACUUGGGGGAUAAGAAGGAAGGAGAAUACAUUAAACUCAAAGUCAUUGGACAGCAGUGAGAUUCACUUCAAAGUGAAAAUGACAACACAUCUCAAGAAACUCAAAGAAUCAUACUGUCAAAGACAGGGAGUUCCAAUGAAUUCACUCAGGUUUCUCUUUGAAGGUCAGAGAAUUGCUGAUAAUCACACUCCAAAAGAACUGGGAAUGGAGGAAGAAGAUGUGAUUGAAGUUUAUCAGGAACAAACAGGGGGUCAUUCAACAGUUUAGAUAUUCUUUUUAAUUUCUUUUCUUUUCCCUCAAUCCUUUUUUAUUUUUAAAAAUAGUUCUUUUGUAAUGUGGUGUUAAAACGGAAUUGAAAACUGAUGCCCCCAUCUCUUUAAAACAUCUGGUAAUUUGAAUUCUAGUGCCCAUUAUUCAUUAUUGUUUGUUUUCAUUGUGCUGAUUUUUGGUGAUCAAAUGUCAGCCUCCUUCAUAUUGCCCUCUCCUUUUGAAAUAUUACGUGUGUGCACAGGGAGGCCACCUUUUCCAGGACUGUGCAUUUUCAGGCUUGUGAUAUAAAUAGAGUCGACCAAUGCAAGUGUUCAUAAUGACUUCUAAUUGGCCCUGAAGUUCUAGCAUGUGAUUGCUUCACUCCUGGACUAUGACUUUCAGUGGGAGGUGGAAGUUUUUCAGAGAACUCAACUGUGGAAAAAUGACCUUUUCUCAGCUUGAAGCUACUUUUAAAAUCUGAAGGUCUGGACCAAAAGAAGAGGAAUAUCAGGUUGGAGUCAAGAUGACCAAUGAGGUGAGAGUAAAGACUAACUCCAAAGAUGGCUUCACUGAAGAGAGAGCAUUUUAAGAAUAAAGAAAAAUCUUGUCAGAAGAUCCCAGAACAGUUUUAAUUUUCAUUAGCAGUUAAUAGAGUUAUUCAUGCAGAAGUGUGCAGAACACUGCUCUUUUUGAUUUUAUUUGUACUUUUUGGCCUGGGAUUUGGGUUUUAAAUGGACAUUAUCUGUACCAGCUUCGUUAAAAUAAACAAAAUGUUUGUAAAAAUCUUACUAAUGUUCCAUUUUAUUUUUAUUGUAUAGAAAGAAAAAAAUGGCUGAAACAAGAUUUUCUUGCAUAAUACUGGAAAUUAUUGUUUGUAUAUGGAACAAAUAAAUUUUUUCUUCAGUACUGUACAGUGAUGAUUGUGACUUUGAAGCACUGAAAGUUACUGAAGUGCCUUCUGAAUUAAGGAUUUAAUUAAGGCCACAAUACCUUCUUAAAUGCUCAGUGUUCUGUGUGUGUUUUUAAAACUUGAUAUUUCUGUAUGGUGCAUAUAUAUGACACUUAUCCAGUCAUGUUGAAUAAAUGGGCACAUCAAAAAUU